CCCGGCCCGCCCGGCUCCCCCAGUCCCUUGCGACCAGACCCUGCCGUCCAGGCCGCUGUCCCAGGUCCCGGCCCGGAGCCAUGGAGCGGCGCUGGUCCCUGAGGCUCGGGCUGGUGCUGCUGCUCUGCACCCCGCUGCCCCCGGGGGCGCGCACCAAGGAAGUUACUCUGAUGGACACAAGCAAGGCACAGGGAGAGCUGGGCUGGCUGCUGGAUCCCCCAAAAGAUGGGUGGAGUGAACGGCAACAGAUACUGAAUGGGACACCCCUGUACAUGUACCAGGACUGCCCAGUGCAAGGACGCAGAGACACUGACCACUGGCUUCGCUCCAACUGGAUCUACCGUGGGGAGGAGGCUUCCCGGGUCCACGUGGAGCUGCAGUUCACCUUGCGGGACUGCAAGAGUUUCCCUGGGGGAGCCGGGCCUCUGGGCUGCAAGGAGACCUUCAACCUUCUGUACAUGGAGAGUGACCAGGAUGUGGGCAUUCAGCUCCGACGGCCCUUGUUCCAGAAGGUAACCACAGUGGCUGCAGACCAGAGCUUCACCAUUCGAGACCUCGCAUCUGGCUCCAUGAAGCUGAAUGUGGAGCGCUGCUCCCUGGGCCACCUGACCCGCCGUGGCCUCUACCUCGCUUUCCACAACCCAGGUGCCUGUGUGGCCCUGGUGUCUGUCCGGGUCUUCUACCAGCGCUGUCCUGAGACCCUGAAUGGCUUGGCCCAGUUCCCUGACACUCUGCCUGGCCCCGCUGGGUUGGUGGAAGUGGCAGGGACCUGCUUGCCCCACGCGCAGGCCAGCCCCAGGCCCUCAGGUGCACCCCGAAUGCACUGCAGCCCUGAUGGCGAGUGGCUGGUGCCUGUAGGACGGUGCCACUGUGAGCCUGGCUAUGAGGAAGGUGGCAGUGGCAAGGGAUGUGUUGCCUGCCCUAGCGGCUCCUACCGGACGAACAUGGACACACCCCAUUGUCUCACGUGCCCCCAGCACAGCACAGCUGAGUCUGAGGGGGCCACCAUCUGUACCUGUGAGAGCGGCCAUUACAGAGCUCCCGGGGAGGGCCCCCAGGUGGCAUGCACACGUCCGCCCUCGGCCCCCCAAAACCUGAGCUCCUCGGCAUCAGGGACUCAACUCUCCCUGCGCUGGGAACCCCCAGCAGAUAUGGGGGGACGCCAGGAUGUCAGAUACAGUGUGAGGUGUUCCCAGUGUCAGGGCACAGCACAGGACGGGGGGCCCUGCCAGCCCUGUGGGGUAGGCGUGCACUUCUCGCCAGGGGCCCGGGGGCUCAUCACAUCUGCAGUGCAUGUCAGUGGCCUUGAACCUUACGCCAACUACACCUUUAACGUGGAAGCCCAAAAUGGAGUGUCAGGGCUGGGCAGCUCUGGCCAUGCCAGCACCUCAGUCAGCAUCAGCAUGGGGCAUGCAGAGUCACUGUCGGGCCUGUCUCUGAGACUGGUGAAGAAAGAACCGAGGCAACUAGAGCUGACCUGGGCGGGAUCCCGGCCCCGAAGCCCUGGGGGGAACCUGAGCUAUGAGCUGCACGUGCUGAACCAGGAUGAAGAACGGUACCAAAUGGUUCUAGAACCCAGGGUCUUGCUGACAGAGCUGCAGCCCGACACCACAUACAUCGUCAGAGUCCGAAUGCUGACCCCACUGGGUCCUGGCCCUUUCUCCCCUGAUCAUGAAUUUCGGACCAGCCCACCAGUGUCCAGGGGCCUGUCUGGAGGAGAGAUCGUAGCUGUCAUCUUUGGGCUGCUGCUUGGUGCAGCCUUGCUGCUGGGGAUUCUCGUUUUCCGGUCCAGGAGAGCCCAGCAGCAGAGGCAGCAGAGGCACCGUGACCACGCCACUGAUGUGGAUCGAGAGGACAAGCUGUGGCUGAAGCCCUAUGUGGACCUCCAGGCAUACGAGGACCCUGCACAGGGAGCCUUGGACUUUACCCGGGAGCUCGAUCCAGCAUGGCUGAUGGUGGACACUGUCAUAGGAGAAGGAGAGUUUGGGGAAGUCUAUCGAGGAACCCUGAGGCUCCCCAGCCAGGACUGCAAGACUGUGGCCAUUAAGACCUUAAAAGACACAUCCCCAGGUGGCCAGUGGUGGAACUUCCUUCGAGAGGCAACUAUCAUGGGCCAGUUUAGCCACCCGCACAUUCUACAUCUGGAAGGCGUCGUCACAAAGAGAAAGCCGAUCAUGAUCAUCACAGAAUUUAUGGAGAAUGGAGCCCUGGAUGCUUUCCUGAGGGAGCAGGAGGACCAGCUGGUCCCUGGGCAGCUAGUGGCCAUGCUGCAGGGCAUAGCAUCUGGCAUGAACUACCUCAGUAAUCACAAUUAUGUCCACCGGGACCUGGCUGCCAGGAACAUCUUGGUAAAUCAAGACCUGUGCUGCAAGGUGUCUGACUUUGGCCUGACUCGCCUCCUGGAUGACUUUGAUGGCACAUAUGAAACUCAGGGAGGAAAGAUCCCUAUCCGUUGGACAGCCCCUGAAGCCAUUGCCCAUAGGAUCUUCACCACGGCCAGCGAUGUGUGGAGCUUUGGGAUUGUGAUGUGGGAGGUGCUGAGCUUUGGGGACAAGCCUUAUGGGGAGAUGAGCAAUCAGGAGGUUAUGAAGAGCAUUGAGGAUGGGUACCGGUUGCCCCCUCCUGUGGACUGCCCUGCCCCUCUGUAUGAGCUCAUGAAGAACUGCUGGGCAUAUGACCGUGCCCGCCGGCCACACUUCCAGAAGCUUCAGGCACAUCUGGAGCAAAUGCAUGCCAACCCCCACUCCCUGCGGACCAUUGCCAACUUUGACCCCAGGACACUCCCGGAGUCAUCCUUGCCAAUCCCACUGCGUUGUACUGUGGCCCAGUCUUGGGAUGCAUCCUCUUCCCCAUAG